CUUCAAAAAUGGGUCGGUGUCCAUUUUGCGCAGCUGCCUUCGGGGGAGCACAGCGAUCCUCUAAAAAAUUUCCUCUCCGUCCCCCCCUUCGUCCCUCACCCAUCUCCUCCUCUCUCUGUUCUUUAUUCAUAUCCAGUUCCCUCCUCCUCCUCUUCCCAAGUAAGGAACAGCAAAGAAUGAGCGAUAAACGAAGAGAAAAAGGAAUGGCCGGGAUCGAUGCAUCCAAGUACUCGCACAGCCCCGUCCACAAGGCCGUCCUGGCCCGCGACUAUGAGGCCCUUAAGACCAUUAUCUCCUCCCUCCCCCGCCUCGCGGAGCCCUCCGAGAUCCGCACCGAGGCCGACUCCUUCGCCGAGGAGGCCAAGGCAGACGCCAUCUCCGCGGCGCUCGACCGCCGCGACGUCCCUAACCGCGAGACCCCGCUCCACCUCGCCGUCCGCCUCGGCGACGCCACCGCCGCCGAGCUCCUCAUGGCCGCCGGCGCUGACUGGAGCCUCCACAACGAGCAUGGCUGGAGCGCACUCCACGAGGCCAUCUGCGCCCACGAGGAGCACCUCGCCGGCGUCAUCGUCCGCCACCACCAGCCCCAGGCCUGGGCCAAGUGGCGCCGCCGCCUUCCCCGCGUCAUCGCUACCAUGCGGCGGAUGCGGGACUUCUACAUGGAGAUCACCUUCCAUUUCGAGAGCUCCGUCAUCCCCUUCAUCUCGAGAAUCGCCCCCUCCGACACCUACAAGAUCUGGAAGAGGGGCUCCAAUCUGCGCGCCGACAUGACGCUCGCCGGAUUCGACGGAUUCAAGAUUCAGCGGGCCGACCAGAGCAUUCUCUUCCUCGGGGAGGGCUCGGAGGACGGCAACGUGCCCUCCGGAUCGCUGUGCAUCGUCUCGCACAAGGACAAGGAGGUGGUGAAUGCUCUCGACGGCGCCGGGGCGCCCGCGAGCGAUGCCGAGGUCCAGCAGGAAGUCUCGGCCAUGUCUAAGACGAACAUCUUCCGGCCGGGGAUCGACGUGACGCGGGCCGUGCUGCUGCCGCAGCUGAACUGGAGGCGGCAGGAGCGGUCGGAGACGGUCGGCUCGUGGAAGGCCAAGGUGUAUGACAUGCAUCAUGUGGUCGUGAGCGUCAAGUCCCGGCGGGUCCCCGGCGUGGCGCCCGACGACGAGGAGGCCGUCGUCCCUUCUUGCAACGACAACGAGACGGAGAACGACAACUACGAGGAUAUCUUGACCGUGGAGGAGCGGAAGCAACUGGAAAUCGCUUUGAAGAUGGGGUCGCCGGAUAUUAUUGACGAAGGUCUCUCCGAUGACUUUGUGAGGCACCGGCACAGUUGCUACGAGCCGAGAGAAAUUCCGGACGAGGAUGCGAGUAGUUGGGGCGAUGGCGGGAGGAAGCAAGAUAAGAAACGCUGGCUCGGCAAUUGGGGAAAGAAGGAUGAUCUUGAUCAUCACAAGCAGGAUUUGCAGCAGAAGAUGGCACCGCCAAGGAGCUCACUUUGUGUAGAUGAGAAAGUGAGCAACCUCCUUGGGGAUUCGCCUCCAUCUAGGACUCCUGGUAGCCAGGGAAGGCAUUCGAUAGGGAUUGCCUGCAGGAGAGAGGACAUAAAAGAGGCAAGGGUCAGGGAUUUGAAGAAAUCUACAGCGAAUCUGGAGAAUGGGAGUCGACGCCGGGAGAGCGAGUUCAAGAGAGCUUUGAGGCCUGUUCUCUGGCUUUCUCCUGACUUUCCAAUUAGGACCGAGGAGUUUCUGCCACUGCUCGACAUACUUGCGAAUAAGGUGAAGGCGAUUCGCCGCUUGCAAGAACUGCUAACUACAAAACUUCCUUCUGGGACUUUUCCAGUCAAGGUUGCCAUCCCAGUUGUGCCUACCAUCAGAGUCCUCGUCACGUUUACCAAGUUCGAAGAAUUACAGCCAUUGGAAGAUUUCUCCACACCUCCUUCGAGUCCUGAGAAGAACCACCCUAGUAAAAAGCAGCCCUCAAGUUCAUGGCUUCAGUGGAUCAAGGGAUCUUCCCAUCAGAAACGAUCAAAAUCAUCAGGACCAAGCAACUGUGUUGAAAACAUCGAGGAUCCUUUCACGAUACCCCCAGAUUAUACUUGGAUAUCGCCUGAAGCAAAGAAAAAGAAAUUGCAGGACAAUAAGUGCAAAUCUAAGAAGAGGCCAGAGCAAACUAGACAAGGGAAGGCAAGAAUCUGAGUCCGCGAGAGAUGCAACGGUGCCCGGAUGGAGCCUGUGGGCAAAACCGUGUAAACUCCAUGAGAUUUUAAAUUCCUGGGCGAUGCUCGAAGUGAAAUGAAUUCCAGAAGCCUUCUGCGGAAACUGAUUUUAACCUACGUUGGUGAGUUAGAUCCGUCGGCGCAUUCUUUCUGGUGAUGAAGGAUUUCCCUGCAGUGUAAUUUUUUACACGCAACAUUAUGAAGUCUUGCUCGAGUCAUUUUUGUCCUUGGUCAUCUAAUUUGAAUAUUAUGAUAAUUUUGAAUUUUGGAUACCGUUGCAAAAUAGUUUCACCCUUGAGGAUACCCUCAUAAUGGGCCUUGUGGGAGCGACAUAUAUUCAGUCCAUGCAUAAUGGAUACUUAUCAUAUGCAUUAGUUUGGCUACAAAGAUUCUAUUGCGUUCAUUAUAUAUA